AACCAUGUUUGCUGUCCUGUGACUUGGUUAAGAGAAGGCCCAGAAGGUAGCACAUCUCUAGAAUCUGCCAAGCCCCUAGAACCUUGAUCACAUGGCUGCAGGACACUGCAACAACCCAACCUGAGCACAGGGUGUCAGCCCGCGUGGCUGUCAAUGUGUGCUUGUGCUGUGACUGUGCCAUGCAGCGACAGUGGAGGCUGCUUCCUCAUUAGCUGCUGUGUAUUGAGUGUGAUGAGCAGAGGCUGAUCUCUUCCCAGGCCCUCUCCCCCUAGGCAGCCACACAGUGUCCAGAGUGGAGGGAACCACCUCUAUGCUGUCUGUGACUGAUCCCUUAUGCACCCCAUCCAAACCAGCCAACUCCCUGGUGUCUCUUCCUUCUUGGUUUAAUCUCUGUCAUCCUUAUCCCACCUGGCUUCUCAGGGAGCUCUUGGAAGUGGAUGAAAUGGAAACCCCACAAAAUUCACAGCAGGAAACAUCUAUCACUGGUGCUGUUGACCACCUGCUGAGUGACUCCUGCCUGCCUGAGGGCACUGUGCAAAUGUCUCCUGAUGCUGAGGACACCCACAGUGUGCUAGGUGUAGAUGGGGAACACGCUUGUUCACAAAAGAAAGAAGAACCUGUCACCGUUCUCCCAGAAAAUCAAUAUCACGAAGUGGAGGUACAAGAGCAAGUUGUCACAUACACUUCCAGCAGGGAGCUCCCAGAGGAGCAAGAGCAGGAAGAUCCAGAUGACUCACUGGACGAGUGCUACCUCACUCCCUCGAUUUCUCCAGUCGUUUCUGAGCUUGACCAUUCCACGUGGAGCAGCUGGUGCUCCCUGGAGCAUCAGGACAUGCUCUCUGCUCCAGAUGCAGGUGAAAAGAAACAUGACAAUGAUGAAGUGCAAGAGGAAGCACAAGCCCUGUCACACACCAGUCUCAUCAGGGAGAUUCCAGAGAUUGAAGAUCAAGAUGUCUCACAAGACUCUCAUGAAAAUCAAUAUCACGAAGUGGAGGUACCAGAGAAAACUGUCACAUACACUUCCAGUCUCAUCAGGGAGAUUCCAGAGAUUGAAGAUCAAGAUGUCUCACAAGACUCUCACGAACUGAAUUUUGUUGCUGCCCCUGAGAGGAAGACCCGUUCCCAGCUGGAGGGAGGUAUUCACAAAGAUCCCAUCACCAGCAAGUGUGAGAGUCAUAGCAUCAGCACCAGUGAUGUCCCAAGUACCCCAAAAGAAAAUGUUAUCAAAGGAAAAUGGAAGCCCAGGAAAUGCAAACUGGCCUGCAGGUUCCCUGGCCUGGAGAUGAAGGGCAAACCACAGCCCACAGAGAGGAAAAUCACGUGCCAAUUUCCUGGCCAGGAGAUGAAGGGAAAACCACAGACCAACAUGUGGGCACUGACCUUCAGAUUCCUGGGCCUUCACGCCUAGACAGAGAUCCCAAGUACAGUUGGAAGUACAGAACAGUAUUGCUGAUUGUAACAUCCCCACCUCUUCAAAACAUCUAACACAGGAGCUCCGCUUCAACAGCAACCAGAACACCAAGAACGCAAUUUCAACACCAUGAACUGCCCUCGGCUAUUUUUAUCCACUAGGCUGCUUCCCUGAGAGCUGGCACAGUCUUCAACUCCAAUCUGAGUAAACACCAAAGGAGACCCAGGCCUGACUCCACAGCUGCUCUGGAGAGAACACCACCUGGCUCCUCUCCAACUGCCUCCUGUUGAGAUCUGAGGUCAGGAGGAGCUGGAAGCAAACAGCAUAGGACCCUGGGCACACACUGCCUUUGGAUGGGGCGAGCUUGGUGUGGGCAGUGUCAGAGACACAGCGCCCUGCACACAAGGCUACAUGUGAGCAGAGGAGAGGAUCGAUUCUGCAGGAUGUGGACCCUGACCCAGACAGCUGGCCCUCUCCUUCACACAGCCAGCGUUCCGCAUAGAGGACUGCAGCAGGAGGAGACUUUGGGGCUCAAAAGGACAAGAAGAGUCUCUUUCCUCCUUUUGAACCCCAACCAUCUCCCCCUUCUGCUGUCUUCCAUGAUGGGAAUGCUGACUGUGUGAAGGCGCAGGCCAGGUGUCUGGCUCGGGGUCUGCAUCCUGAGGACCUCUGAUGCUUUCCUCAAUUUUACACUCAGCCUCACUCUUUGGCCAAGCACCCGAUGCAGGGAUGCUGUGUGCUCCCUCCCACAUCCCCGCAGGAGGCAGAGAACAUCUUGUGUGCCCAUCAGGUCCCCUGACCCUGGCAUCGGUCAGUUGGUGAAAGCUGUCUGUUGAUCUGUACAUCCUAAAGAUGCGCUCCUUCCUCUGUAUCCUAACAACUGUGGAGAGGGUGACCCCUCAGAGCCUGAGCAAAAAGGGGGUGAGCAGCGGCCCUGGCAGAGGUCCGGUCAUCAACCCAAGAGGCGGCCGUCGAUGAGCGUGAUAACUGCAAGUUCAUGGUGAUGAAUGCAGCACUGUGGCCGGGAGGGCCCAGGUGGGUGAGGUGGACUGAGCCUGCAUCAAGGAACCAGACACCUCUCUGAACACUCCUCUCUCCACGUCCAGAGUCAGGCAGCGCAGAUGCGGGCAGGACCUCAUCACGAGGACGCUCAUCUCCUACAGCUGCUGGUCCUGCCAACUCCACUCAGUGUUGCAGGAGAACUGGUGGCUCCUGAUGCAGGACGUGGGCCAAGGCAUCCAGAGCCCCAGCAAACAGCAAGGCCGUGUUCCUGCUGGCCUGAGGCAGCUGCAGUACGAGAAGGGGCCAUAUGCCUGCCCCCAGCCCGACAUGGAAAAUCGAGUCCUCACAGAUUCUGGAUGCCCGCUGCUUAGUACGUGCUCCUGGUGAAAGAAUAAUCUGAGCCAAUGGCACCACUGCCCUGUGGUGGACCUGUUUUUCACAGCUACCAUUCUUACUUCCACUGUCUGUCAUACCUGUGAUGACACAAUUGUUUUCCUUUCAUGAAAAUUGGGAUCCUAGGGAGGGAAUUAUGUUUCCACCUGAGUGUGCCUCCUCUCAGUGUAACAGCUGCCUUAGACAUCCUGUCAGCACAUCUUGGGCUCCUAAAAUCUACAACUUCUCAUUAAGAUAUCGCUGUCCAGGCCCAGAAGUGUUUCCAGUGUCCAGGAGUGUAACUGGAAUCUCAAAAAUUUUGAUUCAGGUCCCAAUACAUAUUCCCUGUUUUAGUUAAGUGUUUAUAAAAAGAAAAAUUCCAAAAAAAAUUUGAAAAUUUGAAAAGAAAAAAAAAUUUAAGUAAAAAUAGAAAAGAAAAAUGGUACUGCUUGCUUGUUUUUUUAAAAGGAAAGAUUAAAAAAAAAUUUAAAAUUGUUAAAAAUUUUAAAAAGAAAAAAUUAGAAAAAAUGUCAUUUAAGUGUUUUUGAAAGGAAAAUACUGAAAAAAUUAAAAUUAAAAAUUUUAAAAACUUUAAAAGAAUAAAAAACAAAAAAUAGGAAGAUAGUAAUAGGAAAAUUAAAAUGCCACUUCAUUUUA